CAGUAGAGAGAGAUAAAACUCAUCUCUCUCCCCCGCACUCACUUUCAGAACAAGGGUUUUGUAGAGAGAGAGAGAGAGAGAGAAAGAGAGAAUGGAUCAGUCUUUCUUGCUGAUGCUGUCAAACCUCCUACACCUCCACAACCACCUAGACCCAACCUCCGCCCUCCUCUCCGACGCCCACUCCCCCACCUCCACCUCCUCCUCCUCCACCUCCUCCUCCCUCCUCACCUCCUCCUCCGACGCCCAAUGGCGAUCCUCCUACGGCCUCUCCUACCCCGUCUUCACCACCGUCGUCGACAAACUCAAACCCUACAUCGCCCAAUCCAACCUCUCUCUCCCCUCCGACUACGCCGUCGCCAUGGUCCUCUCUCGCCUCACCCACGGCCUCUCCUCCAAAACCCUAGCCUCCCGCUACUCCCUCGAACCCUACCUCAUCUCCAAAAUCACCAACAUGGUCACCCGCCUCCUCGCCACCAAACUCUACCCUGAAUUCAUCAAGAUCCCCGUCAGUCGCCGCCGCCUCCACGAAACCACCCAGGCUUUCGAAGAGCUCACCUCCCUCCCCAACAUGUGCGGCGCUAUUGACUCCUCCCCCGUCAAGCUCCACCGCCUCCCCUCAGACUACAAUCCCUCCACCUAUCGCUCCCGCUACGGCUACCCCGCCGUUCAGCUCCAGGUCGUUGCCGAUCACAAGAAGAUUUUCUGGGAUGUUUGUGUUAAGGGUCCUGGAGGGAUCGAUGACGCUGCUCAUUUGAGGGAUAGUCUUUUGUACAAUAGGCUUACUUCUGGUGAUGUUGUUUGGGAUAAAGUUAUCAAUGUCAGGGGUCACCAUGUCAGGCCUUUUAUUGUUGGGGAUUGGUGUUACCCUCUGCUUUCAUUCUUGCUCACUCCUUUUACUUGGGAUAGGACCGGCUCACCUGCGCAGAAUGAAUUCGAUGCCGCCUUGAUGAAGGGGAGGACUGUGGUGGAAGAAGCAAUUGGGUUGCUUAAAGGCAGGUGGAAGAUUCUUCAGGACUUGAAUGUGGGUCUUAACCAUGCUCCUCAGACCAUUGUUGCUUGCUGUGUUUUGCAUAAUUUGUGUCAGAUUGCGAGGGAACCGGAGCCUGAGCUUUGGAAGGAGCCAGAGGAGAGUGGACCGCCACCGAGGGUGGUUGAGAGUGAGAAGUCGUUGUAUUACAUUGGAGACAACUUGAGACAUGCAUUGGCUGAUGAUUUAUAUCAAAGGCUUUCCAGAUAAGUCAAAAUUCUUCUCUGAAGCAGAGGACUCUAUGAAUUCACACCUAUAAUUCCCUGUAAGAAUGUAGUUUUUUACCUUAUAGUUCUAACAUGCUUUAGAUGGUCACUGGUUUGUCAAUCUUUGUAUUAAAUUAAGCAUUAGAGUUGGAUUUUUCCAGUGUUUAAAUCCCAUUUCUAAUUGAUAUCCCUUGUAGUUUAUGAGAGGAGCUAGUUGGGAUUGAAAUUUGGAAACUAUGUAGUUUAUUAGAAUGUAGUUUGUUUAUCAAUUGGCAGGUGUUGUAUUUUCCUUUAUGAUAUCAAGCUUCUUCUUGUCUUAUAUUUGAGAACAAAUUAUGUUUGUGUUGGGUUUA